UGCACACUUGAAUUCUGCCUUUUACUGAAGAGGGCGUGUAAUCAGAAAAGUUUGGAGAGGAUUGUCCAGAGGGUAAAACUGCCAGCCCUUCACUGUUGAGUCUCCCGUCUCUCUGGCUUCAUUAUCCAAUAUUCCUCCCCUUUCUUCCUCCUCUCCUGAUGCUUCCACGGUGACAUCAUUGCUUCACCUCCACUCACCUUGCAGUUACUGGCAGAUGCUCCAUGCUUUCAUGUCAGUAGCUUCGGCAGUGUCUUCUGUCUGAGGGCUCAUCCUGCCUUGUUCUCUGCAAUUUCAGAUGCCCUUACUCCUCUUUAAACCUUGCCCUGAUGCCUGCAACUCUGAAAGUGCCCUGUAGGCGCCUUGAAUAACUCCUGGUUCACUCUACUGCAGUCAUUGUACUUGACAGCACAUUUGUUUAGACUGGCAGCUCCUUGCAAGCAAGGCCCAGUCUCAUCAGAUCGAGACUCCGAAUACGUGCUCAAUGCCACAGCGCACACCUUGACCCUACCGCUGGAGGGGAGAACCUGGGCCCAGUGAGCUUAAUCAGUCCUCACAAGGUCGGGGCCGCUGACCCACUAAUCAGCUUGAGCCUCCUAAUCCAUCCCCAGCAGGAACCACAGGACAGACGGCAGUGGCUCCUGAGAGCUGGCUGGGGCCAUUUUGGCCCCUUGCCUGUGGCCUUCUGCAGACUUGGUCUGGGAGGGGAUGGGGCAGCUGCGCCAUGUGCACCACCCUUUUCCUGCUCAGCACCCUGGCAAUGCUCUGGCGCCGCCGAUUUGCCAACCGAGUCCAACCAGAGCCCAGCGACGUGGAUGGGGCAGCUAGGGGCAGCAGUGUGGACGCAGACCCUCAGUCCUCAGGCAGGGAGAAAGAACCUCUGAAGUAAGCCCUCACCUCUGCAGGUGGGGCUCAGGCCCAGAGACUGGGAUCAGCUGGCUCAGGCAGCUCAGGUCCUGGUUCGUCCCCUAACCCAGGAGGAUGCUGUGGGAGCUGGAGCAGCAGCAAGAGGGAGAAUGGGGGGAAGCAGCACUAGAGAAGUCCUUCAGCUCCUACUUAAUGGAAGCCUCGCAGAUGCAAGAUGGCUCCAGCAGGCCCAGCAUCACUUCUUCUCAGUGUCCCAAAGCCAGAAGAGAGGCUGUUGUUUUUAAAAGCAGGAAAACUUUCCUAAACUUGGCCAGAAUUGCAUCACAGACCCUUUCCCAAAACAAUUUCCAGCAAAGGGAAUAGACUUACCAUGUCUGGUACAGAUGAAUCAAGAUUUGCCCCUGGGGGCUAGGGAGGGGCUUGCCUCUGCUGAAGUAGACCCUUGCCCAGCAGCUGAACGGAGCCUAGGUUCACCAGAUGGAGGAAGAGACUGGCCGCUAACAGUGCCUGACAUACAGAUGUGCUUCCUGUGAUAUCGCUGCUGCCACUGUUCCAAAUGUAAGCAGUCAGCUGCCUGGGAUACUACCUACCUUCUUUUGUGUUCUUAUUAAUAAAAUUAAAGAUUGCUUUCUGGGUAGAGAAAUUAA